GUGCUGGAAAUGUGGUGUCACUUUACAGUCUUCAGCUAAAUAAGACCCUUCUUCACUUGAGUCUCCUAAGAACCUCGUCAGUUACCAACUGCAUCAGGGCUUUGCGUGUGUGUGCGUGUGUGUGUGUGUGUGUGUGUGUGUGUGUGUGUGUUUUAAGGCAUAGUUUCAGAAACAUUCACUAAAAACCUUACAUGGGGAAAGCCAGUAUUUCGAAUCUUGCAUUGCUUGACUAAAUUAAAUAUAGACCACUGUUUAGUGUUAGCGUUUAUGGGCCGCGGCGCACUUGUGCAGCUGAAGUGAGAGAAAGAACUACAGACUUCAAGAAAGAAAAGUUUCACUGUUGCUGCCGAGUAACUAGGUGCUUUUUCCUGGUAAUGGAGUAGUCAAAGCUCGUGUUUGUGAACAAUGACUCAUUCUUUCCAGGACACUGGCUCUUGUGGCAUACACGAAGAUGGAAAGCUAUAUGUCGUGGAUUCCAUAAAUGACUUAAACAAACUCAACCUCUGCCCUGCCGGAUCGCAGCAGCUGUUCCCUCUAGAGGAGAAAGUGCCAGGCCUGGGCACUAACUCAGGAAACGGAAGCCGGAGUCUGUUUUUUGUGGGGCUGCUAAUUGUGCUGAUUGUCAGCCUGGCACUGGUUUUCUUCGUGAUAUUUCUAAUAAUUCAGACAGGAAACAAGAUGGAGGAUGUGUCGAGACGAUUAGCAGCCGAGGGAAAGGACAUAGACGAGCUUAAGAAAAUCAACAGUAUGAUUGUAAAACGCCUCAACCAACUGGACUCUGAACAGAACUGAAGAAAUGGUUUUCCAAGAGCAGCUGCUCAGUCUGGAACUUCUUACUUUCCUGGGAGGGCACAAGUUUCAGAACUGAGAAAGUGCCCUUUGUCAGGCAACUGACGAUCUGAUCAGCAAAACCACGUCUCUGGGUCAGGGAUGUGAGCAGCUCCAAGACAAGCAGGUUUGGAGCCAGCAGCUGGAAAAGGGUGAACUUAGCCUCAUUUUCUGGUAGGGUACUUCAGCUUUCACGGGGUUAGGGUGGGUGCCUAGCAUGGGGGUGACCCAAUAGAAAGCAAGAGGGCCCCGUCACAACUCCUCUUGCAAAAGAGCUUGGUCUAGAGUUCACUGUGCUGAUGAGGUCCGUGGUACCUCCCACAUCUUUGCAGACUCCUGUGAAGCCUUCGUAGCAGGUCGGUGGGCUUCAUAGCAAGCUGCUGCCUGGCGAUUGCUGGUGGAAACAUGGGUGCUAGUUAGGGUAUGUGGUAGAGCCAGGGGAUCAACAGAAAAAGCCUAAUUAAUUCAGCAAAUAUUUAUUGAGUAUCUGCUUUUGCAAACCACCCCACUCUAGGGGAGCUCGCCCGCAAGUGUGGGGAACGGAAGAGGCAUAGGGCAUUGGACAAACCUUGCUUCCUUUGUGUCUCGGAAGAAAACAUCCCCUUAGUACCCUUUUCAUUGACUUGGAGUAAACACAAAAUAUGGUACAUACCUAUUUUUGCACUCAAAUGUACCGCAUACUUUUUUUGUUAGACUAGAUAGCAAUGCAGAACAUUUUUAAAAUCUGAAAUUUGUGUUUACUGGAAAAUUCUUGUUGCUCUGUUGACAAGGUAUUCAUCAUCAGGAUUUGUUGUAAAACUGUUUCAGGUCCUACCGAUUAUUUGAUGUAACAACUCUAAAAAUUUCUACUUCUUCCUGUUUGCUCUUAUGUCAUUUUUCCCUUUCUACUUAUACAGUGUACAUGUUUAAUGCUCAAUAAUAAAUGAUAUCACUCUGAAAGACUUGUGACUUUAA